UCUAGGAGAAGUACUCGGGCACAGAGGCGGCACCUUAGAUCUUGGCCUCACUGCAUCAGGGGACCAAGGGUGGCACAGGGCACCUCUGCUGUGAUUGUGAACACAAAGUGUAGGGAAACACAGCCCAGUUUUCUUUCCAGGUUCGCAAAUCUGCUGUUGUCUUUGGUCUGUGACUUAAGGUCUCAUCGCAGAACAAAAUGGGAGAUGCUGAAGCAGGCAAGAAGAUCUUUGUUCAGAAAUGUGCUCAGUGCCACACAGUGGAGAAAGGUGGGAAACACAAGACUGGUCCAAACCUCUGGGGCCUUUUUGGCCGCAAGACAGGACAAGCACCAGGAUUUUCUUACACCGAUGCAAACAAGAAUAAAGGAAUUGUCUGGACAGAAGCAACUUUGAUGGAAUAUUUGGAGAACCCAAAGAAAUUCAUCCCUGGCACUAAAAUGAUCUUUGCUGGUAUCAAAAAGAAGAGUGAGAGAGAAGAUCUUAUUCAGUAUUUGAAACGGGCAACAUCCUCAUGAAUUACAAGUGCAGCUUCCAAAAUACUAGUUCUCAAUUUCAAAUAUUGUGCUUAAUAAGAAGCAAUCUCUGCUCUUUCUUGAUCAGCCUGUAGUAAUU